AUGUCUGAACCCCCUCAGAUUCGUCGUAUUGUGACCUCCCACAAUUCAGGAGGACAAGGUACCAUUCAAAUCGACGCCGCCUUGCAAUGGGCAGAUAUCCCUAUUGUUCAAGGGGGACGAGGCGCACCUGUCUGGCGUACAUUGGAUUCUCUUCCCACAAAGGACAACAAUUCUUCUGAAGAUGGGAUGCAGCGGUCUCUCGAUCCUUCCAUCAAUCUCGGAAUCGUGCCUUCGAAUGGGUCCAGCUGCGCGGCAACCGAGUUACCACCUGGUGCUGUUACACCUAUGCAUCGGACCUCAUCUUUGGACUACAACAUCCUCGUUCAUGGACAAAUUGUACUACUCAUGGAGGAUGGCACUGAGAAAUUGCUCGAUACACCGGGAGACACGGUCGUUAUGAAGGGCGUCAUGCAUGCAUGGAAGAAUCCUUCCAACACUUCUUGGGCACGUUGGGUGACUGUCUUGUUGUCUGCAGAACCCGUCUUGGUGAACGGGAACGUUUUGGCACCUGAGUCGGUUUAG